CACCAGUUUGACCACCACCCCUCCACCUACAACAACCCUCUUAGCACGUUUCGGCCGACUACAGUUUGCAGUGAAUUUGAAUGCCAAAACGGGGAAUGUAUAGCGAAUCGAUUGGUAUGUAAUAACGUGGCGAACUGCAAAGAUGGUUCUGAUGAGUUCAACUGUAACAGAACUUGUGGUCCAAACGAGUUUACAUGCGAAUCCGGUCAGUGUACAUUGUCUGUCAAUGUUUGUGACGGCGAUCAUGAUUGUAAGGAUGGAAGUGACGAAUGGUAUUGUCCGAAUCGAACAUGUCAACCGUCGCAAUUCAAAUGUCCAAGUGGAAAGUGUAUUUUUAGAACCUAUGUUUGCAAUGGUCAGGACGAUUGUCCAUCUGGAGCGGACGAGAAAAAUUGUACAGACACAACAACAACUGUGCUACCAUCUACCACAACAUCUACCACCGUAGUGACUACGACCACUCAAUGUAAUGGCUUUAUAUGCCCCAGCUCAAAAAAUUGCAUUGAUAAGAGUUGGAUAUGUGAUAAAGUGACGGACUGUAUGAACCAAGAAGAUGAGAAAUGUUGUAUCGAGGAGCUUUUCUUAUGUCCGAAGUCUGUUGGUUCUGUGUUAGGGAAAUGUAUCAAAAAAACUUACGUUUGUGAUAAUUAUCUGGAUUGUGAAGACGGAUAUGACGAAAAAAAUUGUAGUAUUACCACAACGCCGCAGCCCACGACCACAAUAAAAACACAGAUUGUAACGGAGAGCGGCCCUACAACAGUGACAGGUGGUGUUAAACGUUCUACACAAACGACUAAAGCUACUACUUUGUGUCCACGCAACUCCACUUGUUUGUGCAUCAAUACAUGCAAUAGUCUCGCAAAAGACCCGCGUGGUUGUCAUAGAUUACAAUGCAUUGACGCUUGCUCCUGUCCGAAAUAUUUUAAAUACAGUAAAAGAACUGGUUAUUGCCACUCAGACCCGAAGUGUCCGUGUGUGCGAAAUGGAAAGGUUUUUGUGGUGGGUUGUUUCUAGCUUUGACUGGGCUGCUGUAGUUUGUUUCCAAAAUUUGGCACAGUAAAUUUAUAAAAGUAUGCUUAAAAUGACAUCGAAAUUUACAAUAUACCUCUUUCAGGCCAUAACUUGAAAAUGUUUGUUAAUUUCAUAUCCAGUACUAUUUUGGUCCAAAGUAGACUAGGAAAAAAAUGAAAUAUUCUCCCCAAAAAGUUCCGAUCUCGGUCUUUGAAUUUACUUUUUAAUUUACGGCACAAUGUGAGACUUCAUUUUUAAGCCGCGUUGCUCUCUUAUGCUGUUUUUGAGAAACUUGUUAUGCACUCGAGUAAUUAUAGCCACCUAAUCAAAGAUAAACUUUUACGAUUUUUUACUAAAACUGUUUUAUGAGGGAACUGUCAAUAUAUGAUUUAAACACAUAACCAAAAAAAUAUUUGAGACUUAAAAUUGUUAAGUCUCACCCAUGUCUUGACUUUUGUGAGGUAUCAAUCAAGUCGAUUCGAAUAUUUGUUUUCAAAAUUUGUCUUCUUUAAUCUUUUCUCAAGGUGCUCUUCGAAAAAAAGGUUCGCUGCACCACGUCACUACAGAAAGGGAAACUGCAUUAUGACGUUAUGGCAUUCUCAUCCCCAGAGCUCAUUGAGAUCAAAACCUCGAUAGCUAGAUUGUUUAUCUCGAAGAGCUCUAGGGUGGAGAUUGGCCUUAUGGUUUUCAUUUUCACGCAGUAUUUACCUAGUUGUGUGUUCUAUUAAAUGAUAUUUAAGAUCAUACUAAACGUAUUUUAAAAUGUAUAAUGUUACAACUUUCUACUAUGCUAGCCUUUGCUGGACCAUCCACAACGCAGAAUCCAAUCUCAACAGCAAAACCUAGAAAUAUAGUAACAGUUACCAAGCCAGUCACAUUGCAUCCAAAUGCAGACGUAGAAGUGAAUCAAGAAAAUGUAAGAGAGAGAAACAGAACAACACCCAAACCACCAGAGUGUCCUUCGUAUUGCAAUAAUCAAUGUGUUGACGUUUUUUGUCCAUCCAGUUGCUGCGUACUGUCUGGAAAGUGAUAUUUUGAUAAUACAUGUUCUAUAAGAGAAAGCAGGAAGUUGUUCAGUUUUAAUUUAGAACUUUUCAUAUAUACUUCACGGAUAGUUAUGUAGUUUGACAAGGAAAUAAAAGUUAUGUGUCUCACAUCUGUUAUAGGCUAUUUUCCCGAUUUUUCUUUUCUUUAACUUGUGUUUUUAUCUAUUUUUUAUAUUGUGCAUGUCAUGUUUUAUUUCCAAUAAA